UUCUUGCUGUCAAGAGCCUGCAGGACUCUGAUGGCAACAGAUAAGUAAAAGGCGAUCUUCCUGGGAAGAACGAGAGCAGAGCGACGGAGUUGAAAGCCAGUCCCCAUGUUUGCCUUUUAACUCUGGACAGUAACACAGGAAUUGAUGCUUUUACAAAGAAGGACAUCUACGAAUACGGUGCAAAACGAAAACUUGAUUCGUAUUUUCAUUUUCAUUACACCCGUAAUUCUCUCUUAUACGGUGACGUUUUGCUAAAAGUACCUCUGCCUUUCUUAUUUCGCAUUAAUUUUCCUUUCCCAGUUUUAACUUGAGAUUUCAAAGUGUUCCCGUUGCGCCGAGAACUAAUGACGGCAGAAGUCCAGCAACCUUCAGCACAAACUCCCGGACAAAGCAGCCCUAUGUCUGCAGCCCCGGAAAAAACGAACGGACAGACUUCACUGAUGGAGACUGCGUCUUCCACUACUAAACCCAAGAAGACCAAUGCUGGAAUCCGUCGCCCGGAGAAACCUCCAUACUCCUAUAUUGCGUUAAUAGUUAUGGCUAUCCAAAGUUCCCCAACCAAACGACUGACGCUCAGCGAGAUUUACCAGUUUCUCCAAAGCCGCUUCCCAUUUUUCAGAGGUUCAUAUCAAGGAUGGAAGAACUCCGUGCGUCACAAUUUGUCCCUUAACGAGUGCUUCAUCAAGCUGCCCAAGGGGCUCGGCAGACCGGGAAAAGGCCAUUACUGGACGAUCGACCCCGCCAGUGAGUUCAUGUUUGAGGAGGGAUCUUUCCGCAGAAGGCCACGGGGUUUCAGGAGAAAAUGCCAGGCACUCAAGCCCAUGUACAGCAUGAUGAACGGCCUUGGAUUCAACCAUCUACCUGAGUCGUACAAUUUCCAGGGGACCGGAGGAGCCCUGUCUUGUCCUCCAAACAGUUUAUCUUUAGACAGCGGGAUUGGGAUGAUGAACGGACAUUUGGCAGGCAACAUGGAAGGGAUGGGUUUGGCAGGACACUCUGUGUCGCAUUUGUCGGCCAACAGUGGACAUUCUUAUAUGGGGAGCUGUACGGGAUCCACAGGGGGCGAGUACACUCACCACGACAACUCUGCGUCGCCGCUGCUUCCCGGCGGUGGAGUUAUGGAUCCUCACCCGGUCUAUUCAAGUACGACUUCCGCUUGGGCUCCUAGCGCUUCUGCGUCCUUGAAUAACGGCGCUUCUUAUAUCAAGCAGCAGCCUCUGUCACCUUGCAACCCGGGAGCGAACCCACUGCAGCCGAGCUUGCCAACGCAUUCCCUAGACCAGUCAUACCUUCAUCAGAAUGGUCACAGUACCUCCGACUUGCAAGGUAUCCCACGAUAUCAUUCUCAGUCGCCUGGCAUGUGCGACAGAAAGGACUUCGUUUUCUCUUUCAACGCGAUGACAUCUUCAGCGAUGCAUUCGCCGGGCAGCGGGUCAUACUAUCAUCACCAACAAGUCGCGUAUCAGGACAUCAAGCCCUGCGUGAUGUGACGGUCCGCUGGACCGAUCUGGCAGUGAAUAAGUAUCUAUCUGUCACUGGUAGGAAUUACAAUCAGUGUGUACUUUUGCCGUGGUGUAGCAAAGGACUCUGCCCAGUAAAGUGAAGUGGAGCGAACUUCAACUCGCCUCCGAAGGCAAACACACCAAAGUCGGCUACAUUGCAAGGAAAAAAUUAACAGGACAAAAUGUUUAAGGAUCGGUACACGAACUACAUUUCACGCAAAAUAAUGGCUUUCUCAUGAACCAUAAAUACUGGUCUCUUCAAAUUUACGAAAAACGAAACGAAAGCCUACAUUAAAAUGAGUAAAUAUUUGCUAUUUAAUUUUAUGAACCAAAUACGUGCCAUUCCAAGGUAUUGCAGUACAGAUGAUGAUUAGGUGCAUUUUAGUCUCCCAAAAAGAUUAGGUACUAAUUCUGCUGGCGGAUGAAUACCACUUGAGAACGUUGAUUACUUAUGAAAAAGACAUUAUUCUUUGUUAUUUGAUCUGUUCUAUUAUAGACAAGAAAAGCUGAAUGCGGUGUUACAUGAUGGAUUCGGCUUACUCGAUAUAGAGAAACUAUCCGUUUAUAAAUACUUUCCCAUAUGAUAAAUUAUGUCUGGAGGGAUAUAUGGACAAUAAGCCAUGUUUGACGCAUUCAGUGGUUACAUAUGGACACGAUUCUAUCAAUUCCAGAGAAUUAUGGCACUUUUUAAUUAAUACGCAGCGAAUUAUUUAUUCUGCGUAACAUUCAAUUGUAAAAUUAUAGCCUUAGUAUUAAAAUCAUACUUUAUUGGCAAUAUUUGCCAUGAAGGUUUUGUAUUUGAUGUAAACGGAAAAUGAAGAUUAUUUGUCACUAUUGUCUGUCGUAUAGUUCAUGUUCCUUUGUGUGUAUAUAUGUAUUGACACUCGUAUUUUUCUGCACUGCAUACAUUGUAUAUGAUGUAUUGUCUUUCAAUGACCAUGUUCAAAUUCUAGUCUAGUUUGUAUAUAAACCACAUUAUUUGUAUAAAACUAAACAUAUUGGCAUGCAGUUUGAGGUAAACUGUUAGAAACACCUAUAAACAAUUGUCUUUUUUUCUUAA